UUUGCACUUUGCAAUUGCAUUACCACAUUCUCUCUCUCUCUCUCUCUCUCCUCCUUUGAAAUCGAAGGUUCACUUUAUCUCACUGAUCCUAUCCCGGGAACACUUUCUGACUCAAGUCCUUUUCACACUAUUCAUUAAUCUCCCAUGGCUCAAGCUCCUAGCUUUCAAUAAAUUCAAAACCCGUUUCAUCGGCGCGUUAUUGCACUAUUCAAUCCCCACCUUUCAUUCAUUCAUUCAUUCAUUCAUCCAAAUCCCAUUCACAAAUUGCAAACACGUUCUUUUAUUUAAUAAUAAUUUCAUCAACGUGAAAAUGGCUUCUCGGUUAUCCCAUGUUAUUAUAUACUAGUAGUAACUGUAGUAGUAAAUAGUAAUUGACAUUAUAUUUAUAUAUUAAUUGUUAUAUUUUAUUUAUUUAUAGCACGAUGGAAGAGUGGAUAAAAUAUUAGCUUUGAUUGUUUGUUUGAAUCUAGGACAGGCACAGGACCAGUGCCGCCAAAUAUAGGGAGAGUAAAGGAGGCAGGUUGGUGGGGUUUUGGUUUAUUUGGGUGGUUCUGAUCCAUUUUCAUAUAUAAAAAUGGCUGGUUCUGUUCAAAACCAACAACAACAACAACUUCUUGGAAUUAUCGAAGAAGAAGAAGAGAAAUUGCAGAAACAGAAAGAAGAGACUGAGGGGAACAACAACAACAACAACAACACGCGGAAACAAGUGGGGAGUGACAUGGCUCCCACGGCAGGCAAUUCGAUCCACCGGUCGGGUUCGAGGCCUCAACUUGAUGUGAGCAAAGCUGAGAUUCAAGGGAAUGUGGAGGAGAAGUAUCCCACCAUUUUGUUGCCUAAUCAAUCUGAUGAUUUGUCUCAUCUUGCUCUUGACAUUGGAGGAUCUCUGAUAAAGUUGGUUUACUUUUCAAGACAUGAAGACCAAUCAGCGGAUGAUAAAAGGAAGAGAAGUGUGAAGGAGCGAUUGGGGCUUUCUAAUGGUAACAGGAGAAGCUUCCCUAUUCUUGGUGGAAGGCUUCACUUUGUGAAGUUUGAAACGAGAAAGAUUAAUGAGUGCUUGGAUUUCAUUUAUUCUAAGCAGCUUCACUGUGGUGGGUUGGAGUCACAUUACUCUGAUGGUGUGACUGACCAGAAUGGCAUAAUUAAGGCUACUGGAGGUGGAGCAUACAAGUAUGCUGACCUUUUCAAAGAAAGACUUGGGGUUAGUCUUGACAAAGAAGAUGAAAUGAAUUGUCUCGUGGCAGGAGCAAAUUUCUUGCUUAAGGCAAUUCGUCAUGAAGCUUUCACACACAUGGAGGGCCACAAAGAGUUUGUUCAAAUUGAUCCUAAUGAUUUAUUCCCUUAUCUUCUGGUUAAUAUUGGAUCUGGUGUUAGUAUGAUCAAGGUUGAUGGGGAUGGAAAAUUUGAGAGGGUUAGUGGGACAAAUGUUGGUGGUGGUACUUAUUGGGGUUUGGGAAGACUGUUAACAAAGUGCAAGAGUUUUGAUGAGUUGCUUGAGCUGAGUCAGAAAGGAGAUAAUAGAACUAUGGACAUGCUAGUUGGGGACAUUUAUGGGGGUUUGGACUAUUCUAAGAUUGGCCUAUCAGCUUCCACUAUUGCUUCAAGUUUCGGCAAAACAAUAUCAGAAAAAAAAGAACUUGAAGAGUACAGACCUGAAGACAUAUCACUCUCUCUUCUACGGAUGAUUUCAUACAAUAUUGGCCAGAUAGCUUAUUUGAAUGCAUUGCGAUUUCGGUUGAAGCGAAUCUUUUUUGGAGGAUUUUUUAUAAGGGGUCAUGCCUAUACCAUGGACACUAUUUCUUUUGCUGUACAUUUCUGGUCUAAUGGGGAAGCACAAGCAAUGUUCUUGCGACAUGAAGGAUUUCUGGGAGCUUUAGGUGCAUUUAUGAGUUAUGAGAAGCAUGGCUUAGAUGACCUCAUGGUGCAUCAGUUGGUGGAAAGGUUUCCAAUGGGAGCUCCAUAUACAGGAGGCAAGAUUCAUGGCCCACCACUUGGAGAUUUAAAUGAGAAGAUUUCGUGGAUGGAGAAGUUUUUGCAGAAGGGAACUGAGAUUACUGCACCUGUGCCAAUGACUCCACUUGCUGGAACUACCGGGCUUGGGGGUUUUGAAGUUCCUUUGUCCAAAGGAAAUACUCUGCGAUCUGAUGCAAGUGCUCUAAAUGUCGGUGUUCUCCAUCUAGUACCAACGUUGGAGGUGUUUCCAUUACUAGCAGACCCAAAAUUGUAUGAUCCCAAUACGAUUGAUCUCUCAGAUCAUAGUGAAUUAGAAUAUUGGCUCACCAUUUUAUCAGAGCACUUGCCAGAUCUUGUGGACAAGGCUGUAGCAAGUGAAGGUGGAACUGAUGAUGCCAAAAGAAGGGGUGAUGCUUUUGCUCGUGCAUUUUCAGCUCACUUGGCAAGGCUGAUGGAGGAGCCUUCAGCAUAUGGGAAGUUAGGCCUCGCCAAUCUCUUGGAAAUGAGGGAAGAGUGCUUGAGGGAAUUUCAGUUUGCUGAUGCCUAUAGAAGUAUAAAGCAGAGGGAAAAUGAGGCAUCGCUUGCUGUUUUACCUGACUUGCUGGUGGAACUUGAUAGUAUGGAUGAGGAAUCAAGGCUGCUUACGCUAAUUGAAGGUGUUCUUGCAGCAAAUAUUUUUGAUUGGGGAUCUCGUGCAUGUGUGGAUCUCUAUCAUAAAGGAACUAUUAUCGAAAUUUAUAGAAUGAGUCGCAAUAAAAUGCGUAGACCUUGGCGGGUGGAUGAUUUUGAUGAGUUUAAAGAGAGAAUGAAAAUGCCCUGUCAUAAGAGGGCUUUACUUUUCGUAGAUAACUCAGGUGCUGACAUUGUUCUAGGGAUGCUUCCACUGGCUAGGGAGCUCCUCCGCCGUGGAACUGAAGUAGUUCUGGUUGCAAACUCACUUCCUGCCUUAAAUGAUGUCACUGCAAUGGAGCUUCCAGAUAUUGUAGCUGAGGCUGCCAAGCAUUGUGACAUUCUAAGGCGAGCUGCUGAAGCUGGAGGCUUGCUUGUGGAUGCAAUGAUUAAUACUUCAGACAGCUCUAAGGAAAAUUCAUCUUCAGUCCCCUUGAUGGUUGUUGAGAACGGGUGUGGUAGUCCAUGUAUAGACCUAAGGCAGGUCAGCUCUGAGCUAGCUGCUGCUGCAAAAGAUGCUGAUCUGAUAAUUUUGGAAGGGAUGGGGAGAGCACUUCAUACUAACCUAAAUGCUCUGUUUAAGCAGGAUGCUUUAAAGCUUGCAAUGGUGAAAAACCAGAGAUUGGCAGAAAAAUUGGUUAAAGGGAACAUAUAUGAUUGUAUUUGCAAAUACGAGCCUGCAAGUUGAAAGCUUCUAUGAUCGCUGAUUGUCUAAUACAUGGCAUACUUGGGGGUGAAUGAAAGAAUCCUCAAGGAUAAUUGUGUAUAAAAUUUUACCUUGUACUUUUUGUUUCUGUGCACAGGGAACAUCCGAGCUUGGAGAAUAAGAGUUAAAAUGUAGCUUUUUAACUCCAUGGUUUUUAAUAUUAGUUUUGUGCAUUAGUUUAUUUGGAUUUAUGUUAGAUUUAAAAAUAUCAGCUAAUGUAAUUUUAGAUAA